AUGUCUUUCUUUUCAUUAAUUUUCUCAUGCUUCAACCAUUUUAUUCAUUGCCAAAUUUCCUUGGAUUCUUUCUAUCUUUUUUUCUAUCUCUUGCUCACUUUCUCUUCACACCUUCGCUUUCUUAACUUAUUCUCUUACAACUACUCUUUAUCAUUUUUAGUUUUGCUAUUGAAUUUUCAACAUUUUCUUCUUAUCUCUGUCUUCGUUAUUUUGUUUCUCUUUCUUUCCUUUCCCAAGUAUUUUAUAUUGCUAACCAUCACAAUUCUGCUUUCUACCUCUUUUUCUCCAUCAUCUUUUUCUUUUUCAUUUUUUUCUCUUAAUACCUAUUCUUUAUUAUUUCUCUUUACAUUCACUACUCUUUCUCUCUUUAUACACACACUCUAUUCUUUCUUCCUUUAUAUCCACUCUCUAAUUAUCAUUACUCAUUCCUUUCCCCAUUCCUCUUGGCCUCUUUUUGCUCUUUUCUCUUCUUUUCUCUCUUUUUUUCCUCCACUUCUGUCUUCUUUUCAGUAUCUUUUCUUUAGUAUCACUCUACUUUUCCCUAUUGUUUCUUUCCAUCUCCAUUUCCUUCUCUACUCUUAUUUUCUUUCUUUCACCUUCCUUAUUUUGCUUCUCUUUUUUUUUCUUACUCUCUCCUUUUACUAUAACUUUCCUCUCUCAUUGAUUUCCUUUGCUAGCUUUCUUCUUUUUAUAUUUCUUUUUUUUUUUCACUGUCUUUCUCUUGUUUUAUUUUUCCCUUUCCAUUCUUCUUUGCUUUUUGCUCACUCUUUUAUACUUUCUUCUCUCAAACAAUCAUUUUUCCCCACAUUUCUUCAAUGUUUUUUUUCUCUUUCUGUUCCUUUUUUUCCCUUAACUUCUCUACCUCUUCAUUUUUCUUCUUACUUUUCUUUUCUCAUUUUAUACUUUUUGCUUGCCUUUGUCCUUCCUUACUAUAUACAAGCCUCUCUUUCUCUGCUCCUCUCUCCUUAUACAUGUCUGCUUGUAUAUGACUCAUCUUUUCUGUCUCAUACCUGUAAAUCUCUCUCUCUCUCUCUCUCUCUCUUCUUCCAUUCUUUUUUAAUUCUUUUCUGUCUCUUACCUGUAAAUCUCUCUCUCUCUCUCUCUCUCUCUGGUGACUUAACAUUUAUCUUUCUCCACCCUCCUCCUAUUGAUGUUUGCCUACCAAUCAGUAUUGAUUUACUGUCACCAUUCUUUAUUCAUUUUCUUUUCAGUUUUCCCCACUUGUUUCUUCCUAUCUAUAUUCUCUCUUUGCAUCUCUCUGUUUACCAAACUAUUGCAUGGCACUGA